UUUAACAUAACCGACUCAAAGAAUAAAACGAACAGCGAGGCAAUCUCCAUCUCCAGCUACAAUAAAUGGGAGUCUGUUUUCACUUCACUGGUACAGCUCACAAGACGAGUUUUUUUCCGUUUUAAUUCCGCCAUAAUCAGACACUCUAAACGGCAACGUUUUUUGCCAUAAAUGGGCAACUCCCACGGCCACCGUAAACGCCGUAACGGCCCCGUCUCCAGUAGAACGGACAAUUCGGGCUUUAAAUAUGGUCCGUCGGAUCAAUCAGCCCAAAUCCCGAGCUCGUCAGCUAAGAACACCAGCAUGGUGGCCUUGCCGUACGCUCAUGUCGACGCGAGCUUGCGAGCCCUCGCUGCCCAGGCCGAAGGCUUCGGCCGCCUCGCAAUUGGUGGCCUCCGCGGUGCCCUUUACCACGUCACCACUCUAGCUGAUGAUGGUCCUGGGUCACUUAGGGACGGAUGUCGUAGGAAAGAACCACUUUGGAUUGUCUUUGAAAUUUCAGGCACUAUCCUUCUGUCAUCUUACUUGAAUGUGUCAUCGUAUAAGACUAUAGAUGGCCGGAGUCAGAGGAUUAAACUUACAGGGAAGGGGUUGAGGCUGAAGGAAUGUGAGCAUGUGAUUGUAUGCAAUUUAGAGUUUGAAGGUGGUAGAGGGCCAGAUGUUGAUGGCAUUCAAAUAAAACCCAAUUCCAAGCACAUAUGGAUAGAUCGGUGCAGCCUUCGUGAUUAUGAUGACGGGCUCAUAGAUAUCACCAGGGGAAGCACAGAUAUUACAAUUUCGAGGUGCCAUUUUUCACAGCAUGAUAAGACAAUGCUAAUUGGAUCAGACCCCUCUCAUAUUGAUGACAGAUGCAUCCGGGUUACCAUUCACCACUGUUUUUUCGAUGGGACCCGACAGCGGCAUCCUCGUGUCAGAUUUGCGAAAGUUCAUCUAUAUAACAAUUACACCCGAAACUGGGGCAUAUAUGCUGUUUGUGCCAGUGUAGAAUCGCAGAUAUUCUCUGAAUGCAAUAUAUAUGAAGCGGGACAGAAGAAAGUGGCAUUUAAGUACCUUACGGAGAAGGCAGCGGACAAGGAGGUGGCAAUGACUGGCCACAUUAAGUCUGAAAGGGACUUAUUUAUAACUGGAACUCAAGCUGGAUUAACGCCCGUGGGUGUCGAACACAGCAUGUUUCAUCCUAGCCAACACUAUCGGACAUAUACGGUAGGACCUCCCACUGAUGAUCUUAAACAUGUUCUACAACAUUGUACAGGAUGGCAGUCUGUUCCACGGCCAGCUGAUCAGACAGGAGUAGCAUAGUAGCCUCCUUACCCAAGUUUUAUUUAAUCUUCAAUUUUAGUCGGCGGUCUUAUAUUUUAUAGUCUACCCGAUAUCUUUGUUGUGUGUAAAAUAAAUAAAAUUUACCGGUCUUUUAUUAUUUUCUUAUCAAUAGCAGGUAGUACAUCUUGUACAAGUAUUAUAAUAUGGUGGACGACAGGAUUUAUGACAUAUAUUUAAGGAAGGUGUUGUUUGUGGCCCUGCAUCA